AUGCCCGAAUAUCGCCAUAUGCGCUCCGGGAGUCUCAAUAUUCCCAACGGCCAACGCAGCGGCGGCGGUGCUGCUACUGCUACCAUGGGGCCCCCACGGUUUGACGGCCCUCGAAGCCCUCCAAAUACAUCUCACGUGCCUUGCAAGUUCUUCCGCCAGGGAACAUGUCAGGCUGGUAACGCCUGUCCCUUCAGCCACGACCUGGGAACAUCUGCCGAGACGGUCUGCAAGUACUUUGCCAAAGGCAAUUGCAAGUUUGGACCCAAGUGCGCCAAUAUCCACGUCCUCCCCGACGGCCGACGCAUUAAUUAUGGCAAGAACGGUGUCACUAUAGGCCACGGGCAACUUGCUCCCGGUCAGAGCCCGACUUCGCCGACGCCCUCGAACUCGGCCGCCACGCCAGUCGGUGCUGGCGGUCCCCACAGCCCUUCGCCUGCCCGACCUCCCACCUCGUCAAGCGCUCUCACAAACUCGCUUUACCGUGACGACCAUGCCUCGCCCUUUGCCUACGACGACCGCCAUCACCCCGGUCACCUUGGCCGCCAACCCAGCCACGACAAUGGCCCCGUCAUCGACGUCCCCCCAUACACCCGAAACGGUGGCUCCAACUAUGGCUCGCCCCGCGAUGACGACUCGCGUUAUCUCGGUCUCUCGCCAAUGGGCAGCACCGCCAAGGGCCUGUCCAUCCUCGACGCCCCCCUCCCCGCCUCAUUCGACUCUAACGGCAUCUCUUAUGCCGCUCUCUUUCCUGCCGCACCCUGGCCCUCGUCGGUCCCCUCCAAGUUUGGUUUCGAGUCGCCCUCAUCAUCUCUGAACAACGCCAAGGACUCUCGCACCUCUGAGACGCUGAAGCUCCUCCACACAUCGGCUUUUGGCUCCGAGUACCUAGCCACCCCUCUCGCUGGCAGCCCCACCAACUCGCAGUAUGGCGGCAUAGGUGACGAGUACUUCGGCAAGCGCACUAUGCACUCGUCGCGCCUUGCCGCCAGGCCCAGGAUGGUCAGUGCCAGCCUGCCUAAGGCCACCUCGGCCGUUGAUCGCGACUGGGAGGCCGGGUUUGCGUUUGACGACUCUAACGACAACGUCCCCGAGAACUACGUCCCAGAGAACCUACAGGACCUGCUUACCCCGGCCGAAAAAGCCCGUCGAGGAUCCAUCCGCGCCGACGAUUCCAAUUUUGAUGGUCUCUCCAAGUACGGAAGCCCCAUUGGUACCAGCCCUGGUCGUUGGGGCCCCGCCUUCCCCCGCCAAAAGGAUGACGAUGACCUAUCCAGGUCAGCCCGCGUCGCGCCCUCAGCCUUUGGCCACGUCGGCAGCCCUCUGCGUAACUCGACGCUGGCCCAGGAGAUGGGAGGUGUCAAUGGCUCCUCAGCCUCAUCGCGCCGACCCUCGACGGGCAUGCGCUCCAGCAGCGAGUCCAUGUCGGUCUUGUCUCAACAGCUUCAGUGUAGCCGUCUGAAUGACGCCAUCAGUCCUGCGGGGAGCGGCAACAGUUUCAACAACCACAACCACGGCAGCAACCACAGCAAUCCCCACAACCCACUGCUCCACCCGUCGGCCGCCCGCCACUCCACGGCCACGACGACACCAGUUUCAGUCUCGUCGGCCGGCAAGGAGCGUAAUAUGGAGCGUCACGUUUCGAGUGGCAGCAUCAGCUCCUCGGUCACGGGCCGCCUGACAACGCCCAUCGACGAGGAAGACCCAGACUUUGUCUUUAGCAUGGAGGAGGAGGAAGACGAUGCUGCUACUAUCAAGUCCCACAAGAGAGGAUCGUCUGGCAUCACCAUGGGCAGUGGAUGGGGUGGCAGCUAUGCUUCUGCCGUGUCUGGUGCUAAGAAUGGGACGACUAAGGGCGAAACCAAGGAUGCAGACAGGUGA